AUGAGUGUAAUCUCCUGGAAUUGUCGAGGGCUCAAUGACUCAUCUAGCCCGACAAUUCCCUAUCUCAGGUGGCUUCUUUCGACUCAACGUCCAUCUUUUUUGUUCCUCCAAGAAACUAAAACAUGUGUGCAAUAUGUGGCUAAUCUUCUUAGAACUACUUAUCCUUCAAGUUUUUGUGGUGUAGAUGCGGAUAAUACUAGGGGUGGUUUGGUUGUGUUUUGCUGGGGUCCUUUCUCUAUGGAUGUUGUAGCAAGUAGUAGGUAUUAUGUACUGUGUAAAAUAACUACUAUAAAUGGAAAAGUCUGGUAUUAUCUUUUCUUGUAUGGAGCGUCCCAAUUAGAGCGUCGACCGGCCCUAUGGCAUGAACUAUUUCAACUUCUGCGUCCCUUGUCUACUUAUGCCAUCAUUGGAGAUAUAAAUCAGGUUGAUGCUUAUGCUGAUAAACUAGGGGGUACCACUCAUAUCCGAGGCUGGGAGGAUAUAGUAAAUUGGAAACAUGACCUAAACUUGAGGGAUGUGCCCUUUCAUGGCCCUCGGUUCACUUGGACAAAUAAUCAUAGUGAUUCUGGCCUCAUCAUGGAACGUUUAGACCGAGCCUAUGCGUCCCACGAAUGGUUUGAGGAAUUUCCGCUCACAACUGUUCGUAACUUCCCAAUAGUUCAUUCAGAUCAUGCGCCUAUUUUGUUGCACCCUACCCCCGACUUGGCACAGUGUCGACGUCCGUAUCAAAUUGAAAAUUGGUGUUUGCGCCAACCUGAGAUUUUAUUAUUCAUUCAAGAAACUUGGCGCCUUUGUAUUGCUGGUUCCCCUUUAUAUGUCAUUACCCGUAAAUUAUCCCUACUUCGGAAAAAGUUGCAAACUUGGUGUCUGGAUCGUCGGUUAUUUUGGGGUGUAAAUUGGAAGAGUAUCUUUGAUGAGCUGCAAGCGUCAGGGGCCCGAGUGCAAACGCUUCCUCAGGGGAUUGCUUUAGUCUCUAGGCACCGGGAACUUCUACGUCUUGCAUCUUUGGGCAUGCAUUACUGGAAUCAACGUAUUAAGGACAGGCAUCUCCAAUUGGGUGAUUUACCAUCUAAACUAUUAUUUAAUCGCAUUCGUCAACGACAUGCGCAAAAUCGUAUUUUCAUUCUUCGCACUUCGGAUGACCGCUGGGUUGAUGAUCCACACGACAUUGAAGGCUUGCUCCUGGACCAUUUCAAAAGUAUCUUAGCACCAACCCAGGAUGGGUCUGAUAACCAAAGUAAUCCGGGUGACGAAAUUGAUUUGGUUUUGCGUGAUCUGGAUCUCCCCCGUCUGUCCAGCAUUGAUCAACAGGAUCUCCUACAACCUAUAACGGGCGUCGAAGUUCAGGAAGCCAUGUUUGAUAUUGCUAACGACAAAUCGCCGGGGACGGACGGCUUCCCUGCUAAGUUUUUCAAACUGCAGUGGCCUACUGUCGGGUUGUCAGUUAUCCAAGCAGUCCAACAUUUUUUUGCUACUGGGCACCUACUGCAUGAAUGCAAUGCUACGCUGCUAUUCCUAAUCCCCAAAGUUUCGCCGCCGGAAGAGGUCAGCCAGUUUCGGCCAAUUAGCUUGUGCAAUGUUAUUUAUAAGUGUAUUACAAAGUGUAUGGUCCGCCGCAUGAAACACCUUCUUCCCCGGCUUAUAUCGGAAAAUCAAACUGCUUUCGUUCCUGGACGCCAGAUGGAUGAUAAUAUAUUGAUUGCACAUGAACUGACUCAUAUACUUAACAAACAGCGCUCGGGAACGCGCCACUUGGCCGCGCUAAAACUAGAUAUGAGUAAGGCUUAUGACCGAGUAAAUUGGCUGUUCAUCUUGAAAGUUCUUGCAGCGUAUGGCUUUCCAAGCUACUGGAUUCAAUUGGUUCACCAAUGCAUUUCAACGGUCUCCUAUCAAAUUCUUAUAAAUGGUGCUACUACGCCGGCUUUCUCUCCUUCAUGUGGUUUACGGCAAGGUGAUCCCUUGUCGCCUUAUUUAUUCAUCUUCUGCAUGGACAUUCUUUCACGAAUGACAACUCUUGCAACGGAACGCAAGCUCUUCCAGGGUAUUAAGAUUGGUCGUCGAGGACCAGUGAUCUCCCAUCUAUUUUUUGCAGAUGACGCUUUAUUUUUUGUCCGGGCUUCUGAGCCGAGUUGUGCUGCUCUAAAGGACACAGUUAUGCGCUUCUGCAAAAUUUCAGGUCAAAUGCUUAACCUUCGCAAAUCUUUUGUCAAAUUAAGCCCCAACACUUCCACUGACAUGCAGCAGAGAUAUAAGGAUAUUCUACAAAUGGAUGUUCAAACAUCGCUUGGGGUUUAUUUAGGUUCUCCUAUUGAUAUUCAAGGUUCAAGGGUCCAAUAUUUUACUCCGCUUCUGGAUUCAAUUUCGACAAAGAUCUCUGGUUGGAACCACUGUGCGCUUUCUCAACCGACAAAAUUGAUAAUAAUCAAUUCCAUUCUGGUUGCGUCUAUCCUGCACCAUCUUUCGGUGUUUGCCAUUCCGACAACUAUACUCAACAAACUGGAUUCCAUGCUUAUCCGGUUCUUCUGGAGGAAUUCGAAUCAUCAAGGAAUACAUUGGAAGGCCAAGGCUACUCUUCACCAACCUAAAAGUCAGGGUGGUCUGGGGAUCCGCAGGCUUGGGUGCUUUAACAAUGCACUUCUUAUGAAAAAAGUGUGGAGGAUUUUCCACCAACCACAUCUUCUCAUUUCUAAAGUUUUUAGGGGUACGCCUCCGAUGCAGUCAUGGAUCCAUUCUCCUAAAACAAACGUUUCUCUGGGACGCACCAGCCUACUUCGUGCUAGCUCCCAACUACAGCGACUUUGUGCUUGGAAGGUGGGUAACGGUAUUUCGCUUAAGGCGGCCUCCCAUGCAUGGGUUCAUGGGAAGGUUCCAGUAUUCAGAGAUUGCAUUUCUCUUAGGGAGGCUUAUAACACUUCUGUUGCUAGUCUCAUUCUACCUGGUCAUCGAGGGUGGAAUGUAGGGAAAAUCCACCAACUGUUCGUCCCAGGUGAUGCGCGUCAGAUACAAGGUCUUGAACUCCCGUCCAACCCCCAAGUGUUGGAUACACCUUACUGGCCUUUCUCUAUGACCGGGAUUUACUCUACCAAAUCAGGUUACUGUGCUCUGUUACCUCAUCAGCAAAACCAUAUUCAUAGCAUGACACCCCCGCCUUCCUCCGGUUUUUUCCAGAGACUUUGGGGGUUGAGCAUCAUGCCUAAAUGGAAAUUAUUCGUUUGGAAGCUUUGGCAUAACUGCCUCGCAACCUCGUCUAAUCUUUCCUAUCGUGGAUUGACCCUCGCUGACCAGUGUUUGACUUGUCUGCACGACGGUGAGGAUUCCACUCACAUCUUCCGGGAGUGCCCCAUUGCUUGUGAAGCUUGGGAACGGUCGAGCCUCCAUAUGGUCGUGUCUCAUCAGCCUCUUCUUGCGAUUGACUUAUGGCUCGAAUAUUGGCUUGAAAAAUUUAUUAAGGAAGAUGGUCUUCAAAGCCCUCGGGUGCCGCUGUUCAUAGGUAUUCUCUGGGCGAUAUGGAAAACGAGGAAUGACCAGGUCUUCAGGAACCAACGUGCCACUUUAGCCACUCUAGUGGCUCAUCUGCAAGAUAGUGAGGACCAGCACCAUAAGUUUAGCCUUCAAGGCGCUCAGGCUAUUUCGUCUCGGAACCUCCGAGAUGCUAUUCACCCCCCAGGAUUCUCGAGUGUCAAUCUUGGAGGCUCUUAUGCUAGCGGCCCUCCUAUUGUUAUUCAAACGGAUGGCUCAUGGGAUGCAGAGUCGGGACAUGGGGGUGCGGGUUGGGUGCCGGUCAUUCAGCCGACUCAAGGCGACUUCAAGUUUGGUGUUUUCAUGUUUGCUUCUUCUGCGAUCCAUUCUGAAGCAGCAGCCUGCCUCCAUGCCCUUCGGUGGGCGCGCUCUAAUAGCUUAUUCAAUGUUGUUAUUUUCACCGACUCCGCUCGGCUGGUUGAUUUCGCCGAAUUUCGGACCACACCAGACAUCUCCAUUCAACAUACGCUCAAUGAUAUUUGGGAGGCAGCGUCCUCGCUCCACUGGUGUUGUCUAGUCAAGGUAACACGUUCACAAGUUCAACAGGCACAUGAGAUUGCGAACCAAUGCCGGCGGCAGCGUUUAGUUUUUACUUAG